GCUGCAUCUUAAUUAGCAAAAACAAACAUUGAUGAAAACGAUUAGAUAGCACAACGGAUUAUUUAUUCUAUUAUCUAAUAAAUAGUCCGGGUCUUAGUUCAGGUCUUGAGUUGUAAAGCUGUAGCCGGAUAGAGCCUUGAAGUGCGCCCUUUUUUAUACUAAACAUAAUUUUUGGAAUGUUUCAGGUUUUGACGCAAAACGCAAAAGUUCUAAAUUACCGCGGGUCUAGAAAACCGCUCUUAUUAUGUGACUCAUAUUUAGAGAACACGUUGAGCAGAAAAGAUCUAUUUAUCAAUGUCGAUUAGACCUUUAAAUUGCUCUCUUUUUCGCAUCAAAGCUCAUUUUAGGAAUGAAUUUAGUUUUCACGAAAAAUGCAAAUAUUUCAACAGCAGUUUGCGAUGAAUGGCCAAAAACCGACCGAAGAUGCCCAGAAGGUGCUGGACUUCUUCACAGAUCUCAUAGAAACCUCGAAAACCCACUUGAAGUAUUAUUUAGCCGAAGAUAUAGUUCUCGAUUGGUUUGGUCAGACCAUUAGGGGCCAGAAAAAAGUGGCAUCCUUCAUUAAAACCAAGGUGAAUCCGAUCAGGCAUCUAUUCAAGGAAGCCAAGUCGACUAGCAAGAUCGGGUUCAGGGAUACGCAUCUGGUUAAGGCGCCCAAAUCGGCGCGAAGGAUUUUGCGUUCAAGCUUCUUAAGCCCCCCCAGGCCCACGCUAAUGAACACUCCGGUAAAGCAACUGCAGCCUUCCACAAGUGCCCGACGCUUAAUUGGAAAACUCAACUUCGAUAGCAAUGGUAGUAGCAAAAGCAAAAGCGUAGGAUCCCCUUCGCCUCCAAUGAAUAACAUUUUAGAAUCACCGCGAAAGCGUCAAAAAUUGUCUUCGACCCAGCUAGACACUAGCGAUAUCGACAUUUUGGAACCUGAAAGUGAUAGUUCAGAUGUUAAAGUGCAGUAUUUGACUGCAGAAGGACAUGUGGAGUUCCACAGGCCCAGCUCGAAGAAGAUAAUGAAGGAAACCAAGUGGCAGAGGCCCUGUAAAAUUUACAUAGCUUAUGAUAGCGGUAAAGACGUAAAGGACAGUAAUUUUUAUCUGAUUAUCUACGAAGGAAAUGUGAAGUGUCGAAGGAACUUAAUGAAGAGCUUUGAUGCCGAAGAACCAGACAAUUGAGUGAAUCCAUUGCUGGCGAUCGAAACAUCACUUUUAGGUGUUUGAGAAAUUGCUCACAUUGGGUUUUAAUGCGAAUCAAAUAUUUCCCGUUUUUAAGCGCUGUUUCAGUUCAAUAUUCGAAUUGCUGGUUAAUUUUUUUAAAGUCGAACAGAAAAUAUCUUGCGUUAUUCUAUUGUUACUUAAUAGUUUCUGUUGGACAAACGAGUGCAAAUAAUUUGAAAAAAAAUACUGACAUGUGAAUAUAUGAAAGCUUUUAUUUAAAUGUUGUUCCUUAUUUUCUCGAUGCUGGUUAACCCAACAAAUAUUUCCCAUACAAUUUCUAUUUGAAAACCUAUCGAAUUGGAUUCGGAUCGGUAAUUUUCUAGAAAUGUUCCGCUAGUGUUUUGGUCGCCAAUUUAGCAAACUCCUUGUGCUGGAUAAAAAUGAAUUUGAAUUAUUUAAAAAUGUUGGAAAGUUAACAAAAAUAUGUUUGUUGCUAUUGACUUGGUCAUUGUUAACAAUCAAUUUUAAGUUGCGCGUAUUGAUGGUGAAUAUUCAAGAGCGCAACACACUCACGUUUUUUUAUAUAAACUUGUUAUUUGUUUAUUUAGCAUUAAUGCGUAUUAUUUUAAGCAAUUUACGAUAAAUCACCUGUUGUAAAUAUUACAUUGUUAAAUAUGGUAUUUUUGUAUUGAAAAUAAAUAGUCUACUUACUGGCGAUAAA